AAAACGUUGGUCCGCUUAUCGCGACCGCUACUGCGACAUGGUGACCUGCAAGCAAACCACUUCAUUACCUCGACAAAUGAGAGAAGAGGAUAUCAGGUCAGUAUGGAUCCAUUAUCCGGCAUAGAUGCCAUGUUCAACGCCAUGAACAUGAACACGCCACCUUUCAGCUCGGCCACCUUCAGUAACCUGCCCUCGCGUCGAGCUUGGACGCGCCGACGUCCGCAUCAGGGCAGAAGCUCUUACGAAACACUUCCACAGUGGGACGCUACUUUUCCGGACGCUAUGCGUGAUUACCACUACUUCGGGUCGGAACCAUUUCUUGAGAACUCAAGAAUCAAGGAGCUGGACGAUUUCGAAAGCGGAGCAGUACCUCCGCCAACUGACUAUACUCAGCCACGUACUCGCCUUUCUUCACCCUACCACCAGCAGACCACUCCUAGCUUGCGGGCUGCACGUAGCUUGACGUUUGCAGAAGCUGCACGCUGCAUGCACGCCGCACUGGUAUGUGCGAAUCAGGAAUGCCGCAGCAUCGAGACGUCUUUCAAUGCGCAGACUCGCCAAAUCCAAGCGUGGCUGCCUGCUGCAUACGUAAAUUCGCUUUGGACCAUCCGAUUGAGCUGGACUGGUCGUACCGAACACAACUCUCCCGCCUCCGCAGCAACUUCCGAAUUGGGCUCUAACGAGCUGGCUACGUACUUCGGGAUUGUUCAGCGCUUCAACACUGCUUUGGCAGGUAUCAGAACGUGUACGCCACCAGACAGGACUGGCGUUGGCAGAGGCACGUCUCUGCCUAACAGUUCCGGCAGACUUCCACUCGGGUGGGAGGUUCUUGGCAGUACGAUGCGAAAAUUACAGAUUUCACUGGAAGCGAUUGAAGAACUGUUUGUCCUGGUCAAGACUCAGCGUGACAGAAUGCCACUUCUGUUACACGAAAUCGGAUCUGCGCAGCAUCUGCUUGAGAGCGUGAGAGAAGUUUGGGAGACGGAGAAGAAGGCUGGAAAGAGGCCGGAAGGAAUGGCGAGUUCUUCUUCCGCCGCUUCUUCGUCUUCGUCUUCGCAAUUUUCACGACAGAGGGGGAAUGAGUGGUCUGGCUUCAGUUCUGUGGGAAGUGACACCUUUGAUGACAUGGGAAUUGAAAUUUGAAGAGCUCAAACUACUUUUCAAUAUUGCCAUGAAACUCGAUAUCGCUGGGGGUCUUCCCAGUAUGGCUGGCUGGUUUGCUAUGAGGUGGAUGACAAGGUAUUGAGACCUUCCCAAUCUGUGUUUUCAGAAGAGAUUAGCUUUGAAAAAUCAAGAGCACUCAGAUAGGAUAGAAACGCAGCUCAAUCAAAAAAACCGAC